CUUGCCCUUAUUCCUGGCUUUUUACAUCCGCGAAUUUGACUCCCUAGCGUCAGCUAACCAAACCGAUUGCCAACUUAAGUGACCACUAUAGUUCAUGUAAAUAGUCACAGGUCAUUUGAUUCAAUGAUAUUCAGCAUUUAGCUUCCGGCCUGAAUAACUUUUGUGAUAUAUUAUUUUUUCACUUUCUACCUAUAUUUAUCACCUUACGUUCUCUCUAUUUUCACCGAAUAGCAAAACGUUGCACGCGGGUUCAUUUUAAAACAAAAAUACCUGCUCAGUGGUUAUUUCUCACAUCUUAUAGAUGGACGGUACUUUGCCAAUUGCACUGGACACAGCUGUCACACAGUUUAAAAAUUAUGAAGAAUUUCUUGACUCUCAGAUAACGCCAACGGAUUUAUUUUACCUUGAGGAUGAAGAAUUAGCGCGACAACUCGUCGAGCUCGGGUACAGAGGUGGUGGAGAAAUAAUCAAAAGGGAGGAAUUCGAUGCCCGCAAGACAGCGCUUGCAGAGGCAGUACUGGCUAAAGAGCAAUCUAAUAGAGCUCUGGCAUGCCAAGGAUUAGAUAUCAUUUGCCCAGUAGCCAGAGCACUCGCAAGUAGAGAAGAGGCUAACAGAACAGGUAAAGUGUCGACAAUUGUUUUCAUCCGUGACAAAAAUACCAGAGGUCAAGAGAUUUCAGGUUACAUAGACUACGCGCAUCGUCUGAAAACAGAAGAUUUCACCCCAUAUUUCGCAGAAAAGAAAAAAAUUCUUCCCAAACCUGGUGAUUUGAGCUUCUAUAAUUGGGAAACUCAGAAGGUUAUCGCAACUUCCUCAUCAAACUACACUGUACUUGCGGAGAACCCUGCUGGUUUGUUGUUCAAAAACAAGAGAGAUCGAAAAGUUAUCAAUGUGGACCCUACAGCCCCCACACCCGGAGACAAUUCUAUGCGAACAGUGAUAACAACUGAACGAUAUCUGCAAGCGGUCAUCUAUGAUCACAUAACCCGAAGAAAAACCUGAAGGCCGAUAUUGCAUGGAAAGUAAACGUACAGAUGAAUGCGUAUGCAUGUACGUAUGCACACAGUGUCUAAUGGAAAUGCAGCAAGUUCCUUAAUCACCGUUUUUGUGCGUAAUCAAUGCAAUAUACAUCCUCCUAUGCACAUACUGACGUCGAGUCACACUACUCACAUGGAGGUACUCUGAUAUGGUUUACAUCCACCACUUUGAAAGAUUAGGUUGGGACAAGUGGCACCAUCCCCGUGAAAAAGUCGAUCUUCACUUAUCACUACAGCGUCUCGUUCCGUAAAUAAAUGUACUAAAUGAAUUAGCAUAAUUGCCGACAAGUUGUAUGAGACCCCUAAGGAGCACCUUCACCUUGCGCCCAUUCUAACGUGUUUCGUUGCAGAACAUCCGGUCAACAAACGUCUUUGACCGCAAUCCACUCCCGCAUUGAGUCAUUUUUAAGGACAACUCUGUAUGUCGCGUACUACAAAUGCUUUACAGAUGUACAAACAUCAUACCUCC